CUUGGUCGCCCGGAGUUUGUCAGUUUCCUAAACAAAGCGACUCUGGUCUUUUGGCGUCUCUUCUGCUGCACUCACUGAUAAAAAGCCCGCAUCUGUAGAGGCUCAGGCAGGACAGAGGGCGAGCUAUGCCAAGCUGAAGCCGGACUAACUGCAGCUGACAGCGGGACUAUGCGUUAGGAUUCCCGCUUGAAUUUUUAACCACCUUGAACCCACUGAUAUUCCUCUCCAGCUGUUAGUGGAAUUUGUUUUGGCAAUGGGGAGGAAGAAGAUUCAGAUCACCCGGAUUGUAGAUGAGAGGAACCGACAGGUCACUUUCAUGAAGAGAAAGUUUGGCCUGAUGAAGAAAGCCUACGAGCUGAGUGUUCUGUGUGACUGUGAGAUCGCCCUCAUCAUCUUCAAUGGCUCCAACAAACUGUUCCAGUAUGCCAGCACGGACAUGGACAAAGUCCUGCUGAAGUACACAGAGUACAACGAACCCCACGAGAGCAGAACCAACUCUGACAUUGUAGAGGCCCUGAACAAGAAGGAGCACAGAGGCUGCGACAGCCCCGAUGCCGAGGCCUCCUACGUCCUCACUCCCAGUACCGAGGAGAAGUACAAAAAGAUUAAUGAGGAGUUUGACAACAUGAUGAAGAGCCAUAAAAUUCCUGCCGGCCAGGCCCAGCAGCACUUCAUGCAUGUAGCACCAGGUAGCACGGCCUACUGUCCCGGUGCAGGAGGAGGGACUUCCCAGGCCCUAGCUGCAGCCACAGCAAUUUUGGCAGAUAACGGGAUCCUCUCCUCGCCUCACACACAUCCCCACAGAAACUCUUCACAAAGACCUUCCAGCACUGCAAAUCCAGGUGGUCUGCAGGAUAGUUCUGAUCUGGCUCUGCAGAAUGGAUCGGGAGCAGCUGUGAAUGGAUUUGUGGGUUCCAGUGGGGGAAGCAGCUUGGGGAAAAUUGUGCCACCAAAAUCUCCUCCUCCUCCUCUGCCACAUGGGAACAGCCUGAUCCCCAGCAGCCGAAAGACCGACCUCCGAGUUGUCGUCUCUCAAUCCAAAGGAAUGAUGCUGAGUAACCAGAGGCUGAGCAGCAGCCAGUCCAGUCAGCCUCUGUCCACACCAGUGGUCUCCAUCACCACACCCAGCCUGACUCACCAGAGUCUGGUCUACUCCAGCAUCAGCUCUGCCUACAACAACGACUACUCCCUGAACAGUGCUGAAAUGUUGGGCUUCGGUUCUGCUCCAGGCUCCUCUCUGGGCUCCAUGGCAGCAUGGGAGCAGCACCAGCUGAGCUCUUUAGGGUCAGGAAGCUCUGAUCUCUCCAUCAACAACAAUUACAACAUCAACAUCAAAGUAGAGCCCAUCUCUCCACCACGUGACCACCUCAGCAAGCCUGGAUACAUGACUCACGCCCCUCCUCAGCCUCACUCCUCAGCCUCUUCAUCCACCCGAGCAGAGAUGGGCAGGUCUCCUGCAGACAGCAUCAGCUCCUCCUGCAGCUCCCAGGAGGGCAGCAGCGACCGGGAGGAGCAGCAACGGGCAGACCUCCACUCGCUCCCCGCGGGUCGGUCAGUGGGUAGAGAGAGCCCGACGAUGAAACGAAUGCGAAUGGACAGCUGGGUGACAUAGACCCUGGAGUCAUAUGAGUACACAGCGGGAGGAAACACGCAGGAGGGACACUGAUAUGCAAAUCAAAUGUGGAUUUAUCGACAUGUUAACUUUUCUUUAAAUUAUCUUCGUUUUGUUUUUGCAGAAUUGUUUUAGCCGAGUUGCUCAGCAUUAAUCUGAACUUCUGAAUUUAUACUGUCUAAAAGUAACAGAAAAUAAUGUGGAUCUAACUGCAACACAGUCAGUUGUUUCCUCAUCCAGUUGGAUCUAAAACUUAACACAUAAGAAUGAAAAAAAAACAUCACUGCCAAUCUUGUAAUCUUAUGUUCUGGGUAGUAAAACUGAGACGUGCUACUAGAUUUCCUCCACUAGAUGUCAGCUAUUUCAUUUCUGAUCUUCUCAGGGUUUGAAACGGUAAACAAGUCCAACAUGAAAGCAAUACUCCCUCCACGUCAUCAUCUCUAGUCCUCUUUAUAAAACACUUAUUUAUAUCAGCCAAAGCAGUACAUUGUUUUUAUGAUUGUUUUUACAAAAUAACAAAAUUAAAUUCAGAUCUUCAAAAUGAAAGCCAUGGACGCACGAGUGUGUGUGUGUGUACGUGUUUGUGCACAACCAAAAUGUCUUUUUUGUUUGUAUAUAGUAUCUUUAAUAUAUAUCACUUGUGCUGCACAGUAUUUUCUGUUUUACCUGCCAACACAGAGUUUUGCAGAACUACAUGUGUGGAUGAUUGUUGUUUGAAAGUCAUUUACUUUGUCAUCCAGGAUCUGAUAAGUAAAUCUGUUUGUGAAGCACAACAGACUGCAGCACUCUCUUUAAAAAAAGAAAAAAAAAGAAAAAAAAAACAUACACACACAUGUAUAUAUAGAAAGAAAGAAAGAGAGA